UGAUCAAGCCUCCAAACAGUCCAAACAGUUUCGUUGAAUUUGGUCGGCUUUUAUUUGUAUAAACUAAUAGACUUGUAAGAAAGAUUAUUACGUAUUAUUUUUGCAGUGGAACGUUAUACACUUGCUCACAAAUCUUGUAUUAAUAAAACAUGUAUGCUCUUGAAGAUGAUCAAUACGAUGACGAAGAUGCAGAGGAAAUUUCAUCAAAGCUUUGGCAAGAGGCAUGCUGGAUUGUCAUUAAUGCUUAUUUUGAUGAGAAAGGCCUUGUACGACAACAACUUGACAGUUUUGAUGAAUUCAUUGAAAUGUCUGUUCAACGAAUCGUCGAAGAUUCACCACAGAUUGAUCUACAAGCAGAGGCACAACACACAUCAGGAGAAAUAGAAAAUCCUGUUAGACAUUUAUUGAAGUUUGAACAGAUUUAUUUGUCGAAACCCACUCAUUGGGAAAAGGAUGGAGCUCCGUCACCUAUGAUGCCAAAUGAGGCCAGACUUAGAAAUUUGACGUAUUCUGCACCAUUAUAUGUGGAUAUAACUAAAACAAUUGUAAAAGAUGGAGAGGACCCUAUUGAAACACAACAUCAAAAAACAUUUAUUGGAAAGAUUCCAAUUAUGUUAAGAUCAAAAUAUUGUUUACUUGCUGGUUUAUCAGAUCGUGACUUAACAGAGUUAAAUGAAUGUCCACUAGAUCCUGGUGGUUACUUUAUUAUUAAUGGAUCAGAAAAAGUACUAAUAGCACAAGAAAAAAUGGCAACAAAUACAGUUUACGUGUUCAGUAUGAAAGAUGGCAAAUAUGCAUAUAAAUCAGAAAUUAGAUCUUGUUUGGAACAUAGUUCACGUCCCACGUCUACAUUAUGGAUUAAUAUGAUGGCAAAGAGUGGAGCUAGUAUUAAAAAAUCUGCCAUAGGCCAACGAAUUAUUGCAAUCAUUCCAUACAUUAAACAAGAAAUUCCUAUUAUGAUUGUUUUUCGAGCACUUGGAUUUGUAGCUGAUCGUGACAUAUUAGAACACAUCAUAUAUGACUUUGAUGAUCCUGAAAUGAUGGAAAUGGUGAAACCUUCUUUGGAUGAAGCAUUCGUUAUACAAGAACAAAAUGUUGCAUUAAAUUUUAUUGGUACUAGAGGUGCAAGACCUGGAGUAACCAAAGAAAAACGUAUUAAGUAUGCUAGAGAAAUUUUACAAAAAGAAAUGCUUCCACACGUAGGCAUAAGUGAUUUUUGUGAAACUAAGAAAGCUUACUUUCUGGGUUAUAUGGUACAUAGAUUAUUAUCAGCAUCUCUUGGUAGGAGAGAAUUGGAUGAUCGUGAUCAUUACGGUAAUAAAAGAUUAGAUUUAGCUGGUCCAUUAUUGGCAUUCUUAUUCAGAGGAUUGUUUAAAAACCUCAUGAAAGAAGUGAGGUUAUAUGCACAGAAAUUCAUAGACAGAGGAAAAGACUUUAACCUUGAACUUGCUAUCAAAACCAAAAUUAUUACUGAUGGCUUGAGGUAUUCACUUGCUACAGGUAACUGGGGAGAUCAAAAGAAGGCUCAUCAAGCUAGAGCUGGUGUGUCACAAGUAUUGAAUAGAUUAACAUUCGCAUCAACACUUUCACAUUUAAGAAGAGUAAACUCUCCAAUUGGUAGAGAUGGUAAACUAGCCAAACCACGUCAGUUACAUAACACGUUAUGGGGUAUGUUGUGCCCUGCAGAAACCCCUGAAGGUGCUGCUGUAGGUUUAGUAAAAAAUUUAGCAUUAAUGGCUUACAUCAGUGUUGGAUCUCAACCAUCUCCAAUUCUUGAAUUCUUGGAGGAGUGGUCUAUGGAAAACUUAGAAGAAAUUGCACCAAGUGCAAUAGCUGAUGCAACAAAAAUAUUUGUAAAUGGCUGCUGGGUUGGUAUCCACAGAGAUCCAGAUCAAUUAAUGGCUACAUUACGUAAAUUACGACGUCAGAUGGAUAUUAUCGUAUCAGAAGUAUCUAUGAUCAGAGAUAUCAGAGAUCGUGAAAUUAGAAUAUAUACAGAUGCAGGCAGAAUUAGUAGGCCUUUAUUAAUUGUUGAAGGACAGAAUUUGUUGCUGAAAAAAAGGCAUAUUGAUAUGUUGAAAGAAAGAGAUUACAAUAAUGAUGGCUGGCAGGAAUUAGUUGGAAGUGGAGUAGUUGAAUACAUUGAUACUUUAGAAGAAGAGACUGUAAUGAUUGCUAUGUCACCUGAAGAUUUAAGACAAGAAAAAGAAUAUGCUUAUUGUACAACAUAUACACAUUGUGAAAUUCAUCCAGCAAUGAUCUUAGGAGUCUGUGCCUCAAUUAUUCCAUUUCCUGAUCACAAUCAGAGUCCAAGAAAUACGUAUCAAAGUGCUAUGGGUAAACAAGCUAUGGGAGUAUACAUAACAAAUUUCCAUGUAAGAAUGGAUACCUUAGCACAUGUAUUAUAUUAUCCUCACAAACCUUUAGUUACAACAAGAUCUAUGGAAUAUCUUAGAUUCCGUGAAUUACCAGCUGGAAUCAAUAGUAUAGUUGCUAUAUUAUGUUACACUGGUUACAAUCAAGAAGACAGUGUUAUUUUAAAUGCAAGUGCUGUUGAAAGAGGUUUCUUUAGAUCUGUAUUUUAUAGAUCUUAUAAAGAUUCAGAAUCCAAAAGAAUUGGUGAUCAAGAAGAACAGUUUGAGAAACCCACCAGACAAAGUUGUCAAGGAAUGCGUAAUGCUAUCUAUGAUAAAUUGGAUGAUGAUGGAAUUAUUGCUCCCGGAAUUCGUGUAUCUGGAGAUGAUGUAGUUAUAGGUAAAACUAUUACCCUGCCAGAGACAGACGAUGAGUUGGAUAGUACAAUAAAACGUUUUACAAAGCGAGAUGCAUCCACAUUUUUACGUAAUAGUGAAACUGGUAUAGUGGAUCAAGUAAUGCUGACUUUAAAUAGUGAAGGAUAUAAAUUUUGCAAAAUAAGAGUGCGUAGCGUUCGCAUUCCACAAAUUGGCGAUAAAUUUGCUUCACGACAUGGACAAAAGGGUACUUGUGGAAUUCAGUACAGGCAAGAGGAUAUGCCAUUUUCAUGUGAAGGUCUUACACCAGAUAUAAUAAUUAACCCUCACGCUAUUCCAUCGCGUAUGACUAUUGGCCAUUUAAUCGAAUGUAUACAGGGAAAAGUAUCAGCUAAUAAAGGCGAAAUUGGUGAUGCUACUCCAUUCAAUGACGCUGUAAAUGUACAGAAGAUCUCUACGCUCCUACAAGAAUAUGGAUACCAACUGAGAGGAAACGAGGUCAUGUAUAAUGGACACACUGGCCGUAAAAUCAAUGCCCAAGUCUUUUUAGGUCCAACUUAUUAUCAACGUUUGAAACAUAUGGUGGAUGACAAAAUUCACAGUAGGGCUCGCGGACCUGUACAGAUUUUAGUUCGGCAGCCUAUGGAAGGAAGAGCAAGAGAUGGAGGUUUACGAUUUGGUGAAAUGGAGCGUGACUGUCAGAUUUCUCAUGGAGCAGCACAAUUUCUAAGGGAACGUUUAUUCGAAGUUUCAGACCCAUAUCGAAUACACAUAUGUAAUUUCUGUGGUUUAAUUGCAAUAGCAACUUUAAGAAAUAAUACAUUCGAAUGUAAAGGGUGUAAAAACAAAACACAAAUCUCUCAAGUCAGAUUACCAUAUGCUGCAAAAUUACUUUUCCAAGAACUUAUGGCUAUGAAUAUCGCACCUCGAUUAAUGGUAGCUUAAAUAUUGGUAUGUUUACAAUUUUUUUUUAGUGUUUUUAUUAAUUCUUUGCAAAAUAAAGUCGAAAGUAUAAACAAAAAUUGCACCGUACGAGGCAUUAUUUUUGAGAAAAGUGAAUUUAGAGUUGAGUUUUGAUUAUUUUUCGGAUUCACAUUAUCAUCAUGUACAUAUUACAUUUUUGUAGUAUAUCCCAAUUAUUAAUUAACAUUACGUGAGCAAAAGAAAUUGGUGACUAUGAUGUCAAAAUCUUAUGCUAUUUGACGUGACAGAUAACAUUAAUUGCGUCUGAAACGCGUGUUUAAAUUUUAAGCUAUUUUUAAUAAGUAUUACAUAUUUUAUAUCGAUAGCUGUUAAUUCAUAUCUUGUAUACUUCAUCUUAAAAUUGUAUAAUAAUUUAUCUCUCUAUUGUUUAUUGUAACAUGAUACUUAAAAUAAAAAUAUAAAUAAAAGAGAUUUAUAUCUUGAACAAGAAAAA